UGUAUCAUAACAGGGCCGUUACCAUCCGUGACGGCCCAUCUCACCUUCCGUUAAUACUCACUCCCCGAUCCACGCACCGUCCCAUUUUCCAUCCGUAACGUCGUCUUACCGGAAACCCUAACCCUAACGUUCCUUCCAUGGCGUCCUGUGACGACGACUUCUCCCUCCUAGGCGACGAUCCCCACCACUCUCACCACCCCACAAACCCUAACCACCACCCCCAGCUCAACGCCUCCCACCACCUCCACCAGCCCUACGCCCCCCAGCGGUACAACGCCAAGCCUGCUGCCCCGAUCCAGCCCCAGCAGCAGCCCCCUCCCAGCCCCAAGAAGCUCGCCGCCGCGUCGGCUGGGGCCGAGGUCCCCGAGACGGGAGAUGAUUACGGAGAAUCCGCCUACCAGGAUGUCAAUCCUUUCUCCGCCGACGAGAACUCCAACCCGUUCAACCCCACGGGGUCGGAUCCCGGCAAGUCCCGCGCGGAUUUGCGGUCCGACAAGCGGAAGAGCCAGGAUGAGCUCAGCGACGGUGGGACCCCGUACAGCUUCAGGAAGAAGCCUGCUGGCGCGGGCGGCGGAUCCGCGGCGGCUUCGUCGGGCGGGGGCGAGUACCGGAAGGACCGGGAGGAGUGGAGUGACGCGGCGAUCGCGUGCCUGCUGGAUGCGUACUCGGAGAAGUUUAUGCAGCUGAAUCGGGGGAAUCUGCGGGGUAGGGACUGGGAGGAGGUGGCAGCGACGGUGAGCGAGAGGUGCGACAAGCAGACGAAGAGCGUGGAGCAGUGCAAGAACAAGGUGGACAAUUUAAAGAAGAGGUACAAGCUCGAGAGGCAUAGGAUGACCAAUGGCGGCGUAUCGGUCAGUCACUGGCCUUGGUUCAAGAAGUUGGAGGAGAUUGUAGGCAAUUCUCUGCCCUCUAAAACCGCAACCGAUGACGAGAAACCUCUCGUUGCAUCUGCGAGCUCCGCUCGGCAAUCUAAGAGAUUUGCAGCAGCAACUCCCUCACCAGCAGGACCAAUAAACAACAUGAAGUCCAAAUCACCAUCAACCCCGAGGUGGCGGAGAGUUGUUUUCAAGAUUAGCGGUGCUGCUCUGUGUGGCAGCGGGCCAAACAACAUAGACCCGAAGGUGCCAAUGUUGAUUGCCCGAGAAGUUGCAAUUGCAUGCCGCAUUGGUGUAGAGGUAGCGAUUGUUGUAGGAGGUAGCAACUUCUUUUGUGGCGAAUCGUGGGUGACUGCUACGGGUCUAGAAAGAUGUACUGCUUAUCAGAUUGGCAUGAUGGCGACAGUGAUGAAUUCUGUUCUGCUUCAGUCAGCUCUAGAGAAGAUCGGUGUUCAGUGCCGUGUGCAGUCUGCGUUUCCCAUGCAGGAAGUUGCUGAGCCAUACAGCAGACAGAGAGCCAUUCGACAUCUUGAGAAAGGCCGAGUUGUAAUCUUUGGCGGGAUCGGUGCUGGCACCGGGAAUCCUCUCUUCUCCACGGAUACGGCUGCAGCUCUCCGGGCUUCGGAGAUUCAUGCUGAAGCACUUGUAAAAGGCACCAAUGUGGAUGGUGUUUACGACUGCAACUCCCAGGACAGCAAUGUCACGUUCGAGCACAUCUCUUUCAGGGAAUUGGCUGCAAGGGGCGCGACCUCCAUGGACAUGAUGGCACUCACCUUCUGCGAAGACAAUGGAAUUCCUGUUGUGGUGUUUAAUCUUCUCAAUCCCGGCAACAUCUCGAGGGCAUUGUGCGGGGAUCAAGUCGGUACAUUGAUUGACCAAGCUGGCAGAAUUUAGCUAACGUAUAUAAACUUUGGAUUGCAUCUGAAACGUUACUAGGUCGUCUACUUGUAUAACUUGGUAUGGGGUACCCAGUCAUCUUCAUUGAGGCUCAAAUGAAGGAAUAACUGUCCUUGUCUUCCAUCAAUCCAUCAUGUUCGAUAGAGGCUGACACUUGAGAAGUAAACAGCGUCCUCCAGCGCCGGAUUGAACAAUGGCGAGUUUCCAGAGCUGAAGGCUUUGGCUAUGGUCUGUGGUGAUAGUCGGCUGUAGAUUACCUAAUGCUCGGUGUAUGUAAUUCUACUACUAGUGAAGAAAGCAUUUGACUGAGGAAUCUGUCAGUGGCAGGUUAUGUACUGAUAUGUACUAGCAAUAGAGUGUUCAUAUAUGAUGAAAAUUGAAUGAAAUAUGCGCCAAUUGGGCUAGAAAGCUGUGAACAUCUUUCACUUCAAUAUGUAAGAAGGGAUGUUCAUGUUCAGUUUU